AUGUCUACUUUCGGUCGCGCCUUCCGUGUCACCACCUACGGUGAAUCUCACUGCCCCUCCGUCGGAUGCAUUGUCGACGGUGUCCCUCCUGGCAUGCAACUCGUCGAGGCUGACGUUCAGACCCAAUUGACCCGCCGCCGUCCUGGUCAGUCUAACUUGACUACCCCCCGUGAUGAGAAGGACCAAGUCGUCAUCCACUCGGGUGUGGAGCACGGUGUUACGCUUGGUACCCCGAUCGCUCUCCAAGUCCGCAACCAGGACCAGCGCCCUCACGAUUACACCGAGACCGACUUCUACCCCCGUCCCUCUCAUGCCGACUACACCUACCUCGAGAAGUACGGUGUUAAGGCUUCUUCCGGUGGGGGGCGCUCUUCGGCCCGUGAGACCAUCGGCCGUGUUGCUGCUGGUGCCAUUGCCGAGAAGUACUUGAAGAUUGCCUUUGGCAUCGAAAUCGUUGCUUUCGUCGCCUCCGUCGGCAAAAUUCAUAUCCCUAGCAGCACUGGUGCUGCCGCCACUGGCGAGAGCGAGGACCCCGACUUUGCUGAGGACGCUCUCUCCCCUGAGUACGUCAAGCUCCUUCAGACUGUCACUCGCGAGGAGGUCGACAAAUACACUACUCGCUGCCCUCACCCUGAGACUUCUGAAAAGAUGACCCAGCGCAUCCUUCGUGCCAAGGAAGCCCAGGAUUCCAUCGGUGGUACUGUUGUCUGUGUUAUCCGCAACGUACCUGCCGGCCUCGGGGAGCCUGUGUUCGAUAAGUUUGAAGCUGAGCUCGCUCAUGCCAUGCUCUCUAUCCCCGCCACCAAGGGCUUCGAAAUCGGCUCCGGUUUCAAGGGCUGCGAGGUUCCAGGGUCGCGCCACAACGACCCCUUCGUCGCGAGCGAGGGAGGCCGCCUCCGCACCACCACCAACUGGUCUGGAGGUAUCCAGGGUGGUAUCACCAACGGCGAAGACAUCUACUUCCGCCUUGGCUUCAAGUCCCCAGCAACGAUCUCUCAGGCUCAGUCUACCGCCCAGUACAACGGUACUGCCGGUUCCCUCGCCGCUCGUGGCCGCCACGACCCUUGCGUUGUCCCUCGUGCCAUUCCUAUCGUUGAGGCCAUGGCCGCUAUCGUUGUCCUUGACCAACUCUUGCUCCAGCAGGGCCGCAACACUGCUGCCAACCUCCUCCCUCCCGUUACGACUCUCCCUCCUACCAUGGUGUUCCCCGGACGUAGAUAA